AUGGUAGAUGACGUCAUAUUUAGAGAUAAUGUUGUUUUAGUCCCUCGUUCCCUGCGAACAGAUAUGUUGAAUAUUGUACACGAAGGACACUUAGGUAUAGAUCGGUGCAAGCGACGCGCAAGACAAGUAAUAUUUUGGCCAGGCAUGUCACGUGACAUAGAAAUGUAUGUGAAACGUUGUGCAGUGUGCAGGGAGAGCUCAAACGCACCUACUAAAGAACCCAUGAUUCCAGUAGAAAUUCCUGAUUUGCCCUGGUUUAAGGUUGGGUCUGAUUUAUUUGAAUAUAGGAAGAAAUAUUAUCUUAUUUUAGUUCAUUAUUAUUCUAGUUUUGUUGAAGUGAAAAAAUUAGAAAAUAUUACAUCACAAGUGGUUAUACGCAGUAUGAAGGAAAUAUUUUCACGACACGGUAUACCUGAAAUACUUAUAAGUGAUAAUGGAACUCAAUAUAGUAGUCGCGAGUUCAAACAGUUUAGUACAGAUUGGGGCUUCACUCACAUUACAUCCUCACCAAACUAUCCACAGGCUAAUGGAAAAAGUGAACGUGCGGUGCAAACAGUUAAGUCUUUGUUAAUUAAAGCUUAUAAGGGGAAUAGUGACUUUGAACUUGCUUUAUUAAAUUACAGAAAUACUCCGAGACAUGGUUUGGACUCUCCCGCGCAAUUACUAUGGGUCGCAGAUUACGUUGUAAAUUACCACUGUGUGCAGAAUUACUAA